CGAUUCAUCGUCUUCCUCUUCCUCUCUUCUUCUCGCUCCGCCAAUUCUAAAUAAUCCCUAGCUGAAACCUUGUAUUCUGUUUUCUCGGCAACCAAACGCUACGGCUUAUUGUUUCGGGGAUCGACUUCGACGAGGAAUUGUGUUAUGAUGAAUUCCAAAAAGGCCAGCAGCUGCGCUAUUUGCGAUAACCUGAAUCGCGCUUCUAUCUGCGCUGUCUGUGUCAAUUACAGAUUAAAUGAGUACAACACACUGUUGAAAUCAUUGAAGAGUCAUCGGGAUUUCUUGUAUUCUAAAUUGAGCCAAGUGCUGGUGGCAAAGGGAAAAGCAGAUGAUCAACUUAACUGGAAAUUGCUUCAGAAUGAGAAGCUAGCAAACUUGAGGGAGAAGCUGCGGCAGAGCAAACAGCAACUGGCUCAAGGUAAUUCUAAGAUUGAGAAAUUAUCACAUGACUUAAAGGUUAAAGAUGGGGUGCUUAAUUCAGCUCGUAGUACGUUGGAAAAAAAUCGCAAGGAACAGCUGGAGAAGUUCUACCCCAACUUUUUUGGCACUCAGAGCUUGAGUCAUAUGGCAAUUACCUCAGAACGCCUUCAUAAACAGUCUGUCAUUAUAAAGCAGAUAUGCAAACUGUUCCCACAACGUCGGGUGAGUAUAGAUGGAGGAAGAGAUGGUUCCAACAGUCAAUAUGACCUGAUUUGUAAUGUACGCUUACCAAGGGGGCUUGACCCACACUCUGUUCCAUCAGAAGAGCUUGCUGCCUCCCUGGGAUACAUGGUCCAACUUCUAAAUCUUGUUGUUCAUGUCUUGGCUGCUCCUGCACUUCACAACUCAGGUUUUGCGGGGUCUUGUUCAAGGAUAUGGCAAAGAGAUUCUUAUUGGAAUGCACGCCCUUCUUCAAGAAGCAAUGAAUAUCCCCUUUUCAUACCACGCCAAAAUAAUUGCUCCACUAGUGGUGAUAAUUCAUGGACAGAUAGAAGUUCCAGUAAUUUUGGUGUUGCAUCUAUGGAAUCUGAGAGAAAGGCCCGGUUAGAUUCUUCUGGAAGUAAUAGUUUGAACUAUUCUUCUGCCUCCCUUCAUUCUGUUGAGACACACAAGGAUUUGCAGAAAGGGAUAUCUCUUCUCAAGAAAAGUGUGGCAUGCAUUACAGCUUACUGUUACAACUCAUUAUGCUUGGAUAUUCCAACUGACACAUCUACCUUUGAAGCAUUUUCCAAAUUGUUGGGUACACUAUCCUCCUCCAAGGAAGUUCGAUCUGCGCUUUCCCAGAAAAUGGUUGGUUCAAGGUCAUGUAAGCAAGUUCAACAGUUGAAUAAGUCUGUGUGGAAUAUGAACUCUGCCAUGUCAUCAAGCACUUUACUGGAGAGUGCACAUGUGCUGCCUAUAUCGAAAAGCAUUUCUGAUCAUAACCUUCGGAGUUCUGCUGCCAGUUUACUUUAUGCCACUGAAAUCUCCGAUACUGGAAAAAUUGAAAGUCUAAUUGGUGAAUGGGAUCUUGUGGAACAUCCAACUCUUCCCCCCCCACCAUCACAAACUGAAGAUGUUGAGCACUGGACGCGAGCCAUGUUCAUUGAUGCCACAAAGAGAUGAUCUGAUUCUUGUAAGUUAGACAUAUACCUAUGCCUACAACUUGAUAUAUUCUAAAUUGUACGCAUCUUAGCUGUAUAGAUCUCUAGAAACAUGGUGGUUGACUUUCUUUACAGCAUCAUUGUGCCAUAUUUGAAAUAUCAAGUUCUAACCUGUUGGACAAUUGAAUAUCUAACUCUAGUCGUUAAAGAUAUCAUUUGAUUAUCUCCGAGUGCAAGGAAAAAAUAUUAUUUGAUUAA